GUAAAUGUUUUAAGACUCGCCUGGUUAUCACAACUCCACGCCGAGAGGAAAAGAAAAAAAAAACUCAGAGACACAAUCAAAAUGGCAAUGAUUACGCGCAACACCGCCACGCGCCUCCCUCUCCUCCUCCAAUCUCACCGCGCCGCCGCGGUCUCUCACCUCCACACAUCCCUUCCCGCUCUCUCCCCCGCGACAACACCGACUUCCUACACCAGACCAGGUCCUCCUUCGACGACGACCGCUCCUCCUCCGCCGGGACUCUCGAAGACGGCGGAGUUCGUGAUCUCGAAGGUAGAUGAUCUGAUGAACUGGGCUCGAAGGGGAUCGAUCUGGCCCAUGACCUUCGGGCUAGCCUGCUGCGCCGUGGAGAUGAUGCAUACGGGUGCAGCUCGCUACGAUCUGGAUCGGUUCGGUAUCAUCUUCAGGCCGAGUCCUCGCCAAUCGGACUGUAUGAUUGUCGCCGGGACGCUUACUAACAAGAUGGCUCCCGCUCUUCGCAAGGUUUAUGACCAGAUGCCGGAGCCGAGGUGGGUGAUAUCGAUGGGAAGCUGUGCCAACGGAGGUGGAUACUAUCACUACUCCUACUCUGUGGUUCGAGGGUGUGACAGAAUCGUGCCUGUGGAUAUUUACGUCCCUGGGUGCCCUCCUACCGCUGAGGCUCUGCUCUAUGGACUCCUCCAGCUUCAGAAGAAAAUCAACAGGCGCAAGGAUUUCUUGCACUGGUGGAACAAGUGAACAUGUUUCAAAAAAUAAAAUCAAAUCAAAUCCUUCUUCCUAUGUUGAAGAAGUUUUGUUAGACAAUUCUUUUAACCAAAGUUUGGGGGCUAAUAAAAACGUGGACGUUUCAAAGCAUGUCUGAUUGUGGUGGAGAUGCCAUGUAAAAGGAUUGCGUUUGUUUUGUGGAAACUUAAAAAUAAACAUAAAGUUCUGUGUU